AUGCUUCCAUGGACUGACCGGCUGAUUUCUACAACCUUGACACUGGAACGAGCCGCGUCCAUGAUGUUUGUACUAGGUAUAUCUCGCAAUCGCAGCCAAAUCUCCCGGCCUCCAUCUUCACACGGAAUACCACAAUCCCAGACAAACUAUCUGCCAAUCCUCUCCGCCCAAGCUACUCUAGAUCGGAAUUCACAGUUCUACGAAUUGACUGAUGAGGAUCGAGAGAAACUUGGUGGGAUUGAAUAUCGCAGCUUGAAACUGUUGCUUAAAGUCGUCAUUGGUUAUUUCAUUGGCCUUCAUCUUUUUGGUGCAAUUUGUCUCGUUCCUUGGAUGCAGCACACCAGUCCGAAUUACCAGGAAUACCUUGCAGAAUGUGGCCAGGACAAAGUCUGGUGGGGAAUUUACUCGGCUCAAACAAUGGUCAACAAUCUCGGAUUUACCUUGACCCCAGACUCGAUGAUCCACUUCCAAGACGCCACCUACCCUCUACUUCUCAUGAGCUUUCUAGCCUAUGCAGGGAACACUUGUUACCCAUGCUUACUCCGACUGGUCAUCUGGAUCAUGUCCAAACUAUGCCCGGAGUACUCAUCUCGCAAAGAAUCCCUUAGCUUCUUACUAUCCCAUCCCCGACGUUGCUACACACUUUUGUUCCCGGGCCAAACCACAUGGCUUCUGUUUGGCAUCCUGGUUGCUAUGAAUCUCAUUGAUAUUGUCCUUAUCCUCGUACUAGACUUGCACAAUUCAGCAGCCAACCAUCUUCCUCUCAGUCAACGCAUCAUUGCUACAAUUUUUCAGGCUGCUUCUUCCCGACACACUGGAACCUCGAUUUUCAACUUGGCAGAUGUGCAUCCGGCUGUUCAAAUCAGUUUGCUGGUGAUGAUGUAUAUUUCUAUAUUCCCUAUUGCACUCGGUGUCAGAGCCUCAAACGUCUUUGAAGAGAAGGCGCUCGGGGUUUAUUCGCUCGCGAACGAGAUCGAUGAGAGAGACGGUCGGUCCUAUUUUCUCGCCCACAUCCGCAACCAACUCACCUUUGACUUGUGGUAUAUUUUUCUCGGUAUAUUCUGCAUCUGCAUUGCCGAAGCUGAGAGAAUCAUGGAUAAUUCAGAUCCGGCGUUUUCUGUCUUUUCGGUGUUCUUCGAAGUGGUCUCCGCAUAUGGCAACGUCGGGCUCAGUCUGGGCUAUCCGACAGUCAGCACAUCUCUCAGUGGGCAGUUUACCACCUUCAGUAAACUUGUUAUCUGUGCCAUGAUGGUCCGAGGCCGCCACCGCGGACUGCCAUAUAAGUUGGAUCGGGCCAUUGUCUUGCCGAUCGAGCAUCUUGCGCGAAAUGACACGGAAUGCGAUUCGGAUUGGAGAGGAAGACAAGCCCAGCAACUGGUAGGAAUCCGACGAAUCCACACAAGCUAG